CCGAGAGAUACCAGUGAGACGGCCGUACUCCUCUGCUUCACUCACAGCAGGACGCAGACGCACACUGGAGGAAUGCGUUCAAAAACACGGAGUUUGUUUGGGUUUCCAGUCAGGAGAAGUGUCUUUUAACAAGUGCAGUUCGAGUCCUGGAAUGAUAGGCGGAAUAAGGCGGUAGAAAUGUCUCACCAGCAGCGGGUUGUGCAGCUCGCCGCCGCCUCGCUCGCCGUAGUCCUCGGCCCGGACGAGGAGAGUUUACGCGCCGGCGGAGGGAAACUUAACGCAAACACUGCGAGCGGUCAGGAGAUUUUCUCGGACUUUAAGGCGCAAAACUUGCGCAGUUUCUGGAAUAAGAGACUCGUAAAGGCGAUAGCUGAAGUGUACUUCCAGGGAUGGAUGGAAAAUUUGGUGCUUUUCAUUCACGGGAACGCAAACAACCUGGAGGUGCUGAGAGAAGCGUGGAUGCGCAGAGCUCUGAGGUCUCCAAAGGGAUUUAUCAUCAAAGCUGUCGGUGAUCUGUCACCGGUGCAGAUGUCUGCUGUCCCACAGUCUCAGUUCAUUCCCCUGUCUGAGGUGUUGUGCUCUGUCAUCUCAGACAUGAACUCCUCUCAAAUCAUUGUCAACCAGGAAGCACUUGUGAAUUACAUGAGCAAAGCCCACCCAGGGAUAACCAUCCCCACUCAGGACAUCCUCUACAAUGCUCUUGGCACUUUGAUAAAGGAGCGUAAAAUUUACCAUACAGGCGAGGGUUACUUUAUUGUAACACCUCAGACCUACUUCAUCACCAACAACAUGGUCCGAGAGAAGAACUGGUGGGCCUCUGGUUCAGCAGACGACCCUCCUUCUCCUCCUCCCAUUACUUACCUACUGAGCAAUGAUGCUUGUGUUGAGAGCACUCAGACUCCACCAGUGGCACACUGCAGGUCUUGCAGCUGCUUCAGCCCUCUCCAAACAUCCCCUAAUAUUAUCUCCAGUCCUAUAACAGCCACCGCCCCUCCCUCUACUGUCCCUGACCAGCAUUCAGUCUCGGUUUCUAUAAGUGAGUGCACAGGCAAGAGCUUAAAGUGGCCUCGACCUUUAGAUCACAAACCCACCGUGCAACAUCAGUCCACUUCGACCGCUGCAGAUUGUCAAGCAAGUGAGGUGAGUAAAACUACGGCCACUACCAAUGCCACUGGCCGCAAAGACAAGGACAACAAACCAGGGAGGAAGUUUGGUCUAAGUUUGUUCAGGAGGAAUGGAGGUAAAAAAGAAAAGCCAAAGAAGGAGUAUGCAUCAUUUUCAAGCCAGUUUCCUCCAGAGGAGUGGCCAGUGAGGGAUGAAGACGACCUGAACAACUUACCUCGUGAUUUGGAGCAUGCUAUCAUCAAACGGAUCAACCCUGAACUGACUGUGGACAACCUGACGCGCCACACGGUCUUAAUGAAGAAGCUGGAGGAGAGGAAAGAGAGAGGAUUAGACAGAAUGCUGGACAGAGGUCUCGAAAAAGAUGAUAAAGGUGUAGACAAGGGAAUGUCUACUGAGAUCCUGUCCUUUUCCAAACCAAGGCACCAUCACUCGUCUAAAGCAGGAGCAGGGAAAAGAUCUGCUCAGAAGGCCUCUCGCAGCCGGAGGAGGGCCCUUUCCUCCAGAGAGAAGCAGCGGGAAAGAGAGAGAGUUAAAAGUAAAGCCCAAAUAUGUGUGGAUGAUUAUCCAGAGGGGGAGGAUUUGAUCCCGUCUCGACUAAGGGUGGAAAUCCCUGUUGACGAACCAGAUCAAGUGGAAGAAGGUGGAGCUGUUGAGGGAAAAUCUCUUUAUAAGAAACGUAUUGAAAACCCUUUCCAGACGAAUCCAAUCAAAGAGUCUGAGCCUGUUAUCCCUACCAACAACAACAACAAAGAGAACAGAAGACGAGAAACAAAAGAGGGCAAGGCUUCAGGGCCAGGGAGAAAAGAACGGACAAGUCAUCGCUCCAAAUCAUGGGAUCCACAUCGAGCCAAAGUGAUCUCCCCUGAUGGAGAGAAUGCUGGAAAGUCCCCCACAUCUGAGGACAGGUAUAACAGCUUUCAUGAGAGGGAUCUCACUCCUGAUCAUCUGAGCCAAGCAGACAUAAAGAUGAACAGAGAGCUGCCUCUGGACUACAGCUCAGCCUACCCACAGAGCAGUACUCUCCGGAUAGAUGACAAAGUCCGGAUUCAGAGGGAUGGCAAGGACAACCACGAUAAAGAGGGUGAAAUAGGACUUUGUCGGGAGGCAGAGUUCAGCAUAGUACAACACAACAACCAACCUCCAGAUGAAGGUCUUGCUAAUAUCCAGCAAUAUUCCAGUUCUAGUGUGAUACGUCCUACCCAUCCCUACAAGCCAGUCUUAAACCACUUAUAUGAUCCAACCCUGCAAUGGCCCAGACCUUCUUUACAGCGGAAUCACUCCCUCAGACUCUCUAACCCACAAAGGGAUGACUUUCAAAGACCUGAUGAACCCCAGAAAUCCUUUAAUAAUACUGCCACUCAGGAGGAACCAGAAACAAGAUCUUUCUUCGUCAGCAACAAAAAGGAAAAGACUCUCAGCCAAGGAGAAAGGAUGGAUCUUAUCGCUGAUAGCAAUCCCUCAAUAACAGACACCGAUGGCUUUGUUGAAGACGACUUCAGACUCUAUCAGAAAGUUGAGGAACAAGAGGAUGAAGAUGCCUGCAGCUCCUUGUGUCUGAAUGAGGAGGAAAUAAUUGAUGCUGGGAAUUUGUACCAGGCAAGUUUAGGUGAUUUUCUUGACCACCAGUUGGGUUACCGUGGUCAUGAAUCCAGUUUGCAAUAUCAGGGAACCCAUUACAACUCUAACUUACUCCAACAAGUUGCCUCAACUCAAGUUUCAAGGGACUGCGCUUUCAAAGAAACCAAAAGGAAAGCUUCUCUGAGCCCCAGCAGACCUGGAGAGGCCAGCUGGAGAGUCCAUCAUCACCAUCAAGGGAUGAGAUCACCAGGGGCCCAAAGUGGAUCCAGCCCCAGGCAAGGCAAAUCAACCCAAGGGGACAUGCAACAGGGGGUUGACCUUGAGGAUUUGGAUUGUCCUGAGUCGUCUGAAGUUGCAGACAGUAGCAUCUUUGACUACUGCCAGACUAGUGAGAUAGAGUCUGACUCAGAGACUGUUCGUAAGUCUGCCGAUGAAGGCGAUGGCGAAUCUGCUCACUGGGCACCGGAAGUGGAGGAUGAGCAGGGCCCUGAUUUUGUCGAGACAGAAAAUCCUCAAACUGACAGAGCUGUUCUGAGUAUGCCCACUGGAGCCAGAGAGGGGGGUAAUGGGGAAGCAGUGGAAAUAGGAGAGAACCAGAGUAUCACAGGAGACAGUGGGAUAGAUUCUCCUCGGACCCGCGUCAGUCUGGCGUCCAGCAACACUGUUAUUCUGGAGGGUCUCAAGAGAAGAGGCUUUUUACAAAACUUGGAGAAACUGCAUUCAAAGAGCAGCACCAUUCGACCACAGAGCUCACUGCUACAGUUAACUCCAGUCAUGAACGUAUAACAACAGUCUGUUCGCUAUUAAAGCCACAACAAUGUGCUGGAAUCUUCAGUUCUAUGCAAUUGGAAAUAUACCCAUUUACAUGAUGUUGACAACGAUAAGGUCUUGUGUACAGAUGUAAAGUAUAUAUAAAUAUUUUUUCUUUCUGUAAAUAUGCUAUAAUUUUUUUUCCAUUCUUUGAGUAUGUUCUGCUAAUUGCAUGAUCUUUAAUCAGCUUUUUUGUGAUAUAAUUGUAUAGUUAUCUUUCUCUUUAGAAUCAACAUCUCAUAACUUUUACUUUUUUCUCUAAAGUAGAAUUGUCAAAAUAAAACUGUG